AUGGACACUUCAUCCAAAGAAAAUAUCCAGUUAUUCUGCAAAAGUUCUGUGCAGACUGAUGGAAGUUCUUCCUUAAAAACAAAAUAUCCCUGCCCAGAGGAAAAACAACCAUGUUGUGGUGAGCUAAAGGUGUUCCUUGGUGCCCUGGCUUUCGUUUAUUUUGCCAAAGCAUUGACAGAAGGCUAUUUGAAGAGCACUAUCACUCAGCUAGAGAGAAGAUUUGAUAUCCCUUCUUCACUGGUGGGAGUUAUUGAUGGUAGUUUUGAAAUUGGGAAUCUCUUAGUUAUAACAUUUGUUAGCUACUUUGGAGCCAAACUUCACAGGCCAAAAAUAAUUGGAGCAGGGUGCCUAAUCAUGGGAGUUGGGACAUUUCUCAUUGCCAUGCCUCAGUUCUUCAUGGAGCAGUACAGAUAUGAGAGCUAUUCCCCUUUCUCCAAUUCCACUCUCAGCAUUUCUCCAUGUCUCUUGGAAACAAGCAGUCAAUUACCGGUCUCAGUCAUGGAAAAACCACAAUCUAAAAUAAGUAAUGAAUGUGAAAUUGAUGCCAGCACCUCCAUGUGGAUUUAUGUUUUUCUGGGGAAUCUUCUUCGUGGAAUAGGAGAAACUCCCAUUCAGCCUCUAGGCAUCUCAUACCUUGAUGAUUUUGCCUGUGAAGACAACGCAGCCUUCUAUAUUGGGUGCGUGCAGACGGUUGCAAUUAUAGGACCAAUCUUUGGCUUCCUAUUAGGUUCAUUAUGUGCCAAAUUGUAUGUUGACAUUGGCUUUAUGAAUCUAGAUCACAUAACCAUUACUCCAAAGGAUCCCCAGUGGGUAGGUGCCUGGUGGCUUGGUUAUCUAAUAGCGGGAGUCAUAAGUCUUCUCGCAGCUGUGCCUUUCUGGUGUUUACCAAAGAGUCUACCAAGGCCUUGUGGUCGAGAAGAUACUAAUUCCUCCUCUGAGGAAGGCAAGUUCAUAACAGACUACCAAACACCCUGUGGAAAAAAAGUAAAAAUAAUAGAAAUGGCAAAAGAUUUUCUUCCAUCACUGAAGAAUCUUUUUGGAAAUCCAGUGUACUGCUUGUAUUUGUGUGCAAGUUCUGUUCAGUUGAAUUCUUUAUUUGGCAUGGUGACAUAUAAACCAAAGUACAUUGAGCAACAGUAUGGACAAUCAACCUCCAAGGCCAACUUUGUAAUUGGGCUCAUCAACAUACCUGCAGUGGCUCUUGGAAUAUUCUCUGGGGGAAUAGUUAUGAAAAAGUUCAGAAUCAGUGUGUGUGGAGCUGCGAAACUCUACUUGGGAUCAUCUGUUUUUGGUUAUCUCCUAUACCUUUCCCUGUUUGCCUUGGGCUGUGAAAAUUCUGAUGUGGCAGGAUUAACUGUUUCCUACCAAGGGAACAAAUUUAUCUCCUAUCAUGAGCGAGCACUUUUUACAGAUUGCAAUUCAAGAUGCAAAUGUUCAGAGACAAAAUGGGAACCUAUGUGUGGUGAAAAUGGAAUCACGUAUGCAUCGGCAUGUCUUGCUGGUUGUCAAACAUUAACCAAGAAUGGACAAAAUAUUAUAUUUUACAACUGCACCUGUGUGGGAAUUGUACCAUCUAAAUCAGGAAAUUCCUCAGGCAUGGUGGGCAGAUGCCCAAAAGAUAAUGGAUGUUCCAAAAUGUUUCUGUAUUUCCUUGUAAUUUCAGUCAUCACAUCUUACACUUUAUCCCUAGGUGGCAUACCUGGAUACAUAUUGCUUCUGAGGUGA